ACAUGGUAUAGCCUAAGCCUUGCAGUGGUUUGGCCGUCGCGGACUAAUUUUUCGCAUACCCCACUUGGAGAGGGGUCUGUUCUUUUGAUUCGAGGGAAGCAUCGUUGGACCAAGUGUGCUCAGAUACUUUUGUUCGAACAUUAUAUCGUGUUUUCUGUGCUUUAUUGGACUCCUCGAAAUCUAAUGGCUGUUUACGCACUUCACGUCAAAGGCUGACUCGAGCGUGUGCGAAUUCAUUUUAGUGAGAACUGCGAUAAAACGAACGUCAACCGGAUUUGAAAGCCCCACUAACACGAUGAGCAUGGUGAGAGACUGGUUGGCAACAAAAACUUUUCUCUUCGUAAAUGUAUGCGAGGAUGGUGUUUAGCUAAUGAAUGUAAUCGUUGCCACCCAGUUUAAAUCGGAAGUGAAGCUAUUUCCUUCAGGAAAAAGGUUGAAAAGUAGCAUUUUGCAUGUGGAGGACAGGAACUUGAAGGUGGAUUGUGUGACUCGGGGGGGGAAAAAACAUUUGUACACGGUCUACGCAUUGUGCUUCGUUUCAUCUAUCAGACUCAUUGGAACCACGGGUGAGAAAAUGCGUUUUUUGAGCUCAUUGUUAUGUUGUGAACUUGAAGAAACCCGAGAGAAUACGACUCUGCUUCGUUUGUGGUUUUUCUUUGCUGUCCUUUUUUCAAAUUCAGCCUGUCCUGACAAAUGCGUCUGUUUCACAUCCACGGUCAAAUGUUUGAACCAGGGCUUAUUCGCGGUUCCACAGCCAUUGCCAGCGAACACUAAAACCCUGUUCAUUACUGGGAACAACAUUUCCCAUCUCACAGCUGUGUCUUUCCCUGUGCCCCUUGAGCAGUUAACAGACUUGUAUCUCACAGGAAACCAGGUGGAGCUGGUGGACCACAAUGUAUUCAACAAUUUGCCAAAUCUCAGGCUGCUAGACUUGAGUAACAACAGGAUUCUGCAUUUUAGUGCUCAAGCCUUCUCUGAUUACAACAAACUGCUGGACCUUAACCUCAGCAGGGCUUUUUACAACCAUACUUCCAUGGGUGAGCUCUUCAGUCUGCUACGGAGUGGGGGAGCCCUUCAACUUACCCGCUUAGACCUGUCCAACAAUGACCUGGUGGUCCUCCCUGAGGACAUGUUCUCCCGCCUCUCCAACCUCACCAUCCUCAACCUACAAAACAACUCCCUCAUUUUCAUCCAGAAUGGGACGCUGAGUGUUCCUCGGCUUCGUGAGUUAGACUUGAGGGACAAUGCCCUGAGGGAACUACCCAACACUACACUGAUGGACUUCAGCCUCAAGCCUGGGCUCCAGGUGCAUCUGGCAGGAAACCCUUGGCUCUGUGACUGCAAUAUCGAGGACCUUGUGGCCUGGCUGAAAAGCUCUGAGCAGGUCACAGACAAGCAGAAUAUGACCUGUUCUGACCCUGAGGUUCUGAGGCAGUUACCGUUGCUCCAGAUAAAAGAGUUGGAGUGUACCUUUUCAGGUGAAAUGAAAGGUGUGCUGGAGACCUCGUAUGUCUUUCUGGGCAUGGUGCUGGCCUUGAUUGGAGUGAUCUUUCUGUUGGUCCUCUACCUCAACAGGAAGGGGAUCAAGCGGUGGAUAUACAAUAUUCGGGACGCAUGCAGGGACCACAUGGAGGGCUACCAUUACAGUUCCAUGGAUUGAGAAUCAUGACUCAGAUGGGGUUUGUGAGCAGGCUCUCUAAUAUAAAAUGUUCCCUCCCUUGAGCAAAAAAGGAUGGUACGUAAAACUCUAACAGACUGAUUUUGAGUGGUAGUAACUACUCUAUAUACACACACACAUCUAUAUCCUUUCUGCUGGUUAUAUUUUAAUCAUAUUUUUGUUUACACUUUCCUCCCACUGUACAGUGUUGCUAUGCUUGUUUAGAUGUCUUUAUUCCUUUUUAAUAUAAUGUGAUUAUUAAAGCACGUGCUAAUUUAUCUCACUAGUAUUGCACUUGUUCGGUGGACAUUAUCAACAUUUUUUCAUGAUGUAUAGCUGAAUAAAAUGUAAUGCGUUGCUGUUU